AUGAAGGACACAAUCUCUCUUUUCGUUGCUCGAGCCAGCGCUGCCAUCAACACUGAUGAAAAGAAGGCAUGGUUGCUGACUUCGCUGGAUCCUGUGGUUGCCGAGCACGAGCAUACCUAUGGUACUCUUGGGAUCCGUUCUCUCGAGAGGUUCGUGUUCGUCCACAGUUCCAACCGGCCUUGGCCCAAGGCUGGGUAUCUGAUGGAUCGCUUUGAACUUCUGUUCAAGCAGGCUCUUGAACAAGACUGCGAGAUUCUCCUUGUUGUCGCUGGAUGGGACGGUCUCACGACCCACCAAGGCACCUUCCAGAGGCUCUUUUAUAGAGCAAUUGAUUUGAAUGUUGCAGUUCGACUGCGCAUUUAUGCGGACGAUGUCAAUAACUGCGAUGAAGAGAAAUUCUACGACGUCGAUCCCAACGAGGCCUGCGCCAUUAUGGCAGGGGAUCUUGACGCCGAAGAUGAGAAUUUCCCAUCGUUCGCUUCUACCCGGCUCUUCGUCGAGAAAUUCGACAUUAUCCAUAGCGCAAAGGUCAUCCAAGCGAUUGGAAAGCGGCUAGCCAACGAGCACACCUACCAGCGCAAUGUCCACAAGGGCUGGGACUAUAACCGCCGUGGAUAUGUGUGCGGUAUCGAUGGGUGUCUCGAGAUCCUCCGAAACUCUGUGCUUCGUGCUGUUCAUCGGAACCACAAGCACUAUGAGUUUAAAAACGAGGAGGACCGCAAAGCUGCGUUGAAUUGCCGCUAUUGUGAGAAGAGCUUUUCGCGCAAAGAUGCGCGUGAUCGACAUGAGAAGAUCUGCCCGAAGAAUCCGGCGAUCUCGCGGGACCCAAAGCCAAAGGCACCGGCUCCGAAGCGGCGUUACCUGAAGAUCGAAGAGGUUCCGAGCGGGUCGGACAACGGUCCGAAGGUAUACGACCAGCUGAAUGCCGAGGACGCCAAGCUUCUCCCCCGAAUCGACCCUGCCGAUGCCGUGAUCUACCAUCACGAGAAGUACUGCCGAUACCCUGGCUGCGAGUACCCGAUCCGUCACGAUCGGAUGCCUCACUUGCGCCAGCACUAUUGGGGUCAUCACAAAGGGUUUGAAUGGCGUAAGUUUUCAACUACGCUCGGUGCAGAAGGCCGACGCCAGCAUGCCGAAGGGCUGAAGUGGCUGGCUCGUUGUGUCUUCCUCAAAGAAGUCGUUGGGGAGGCUCCCAGGCCUACUUUCUACUGA